CCUUACAGAUAUGGCAAUGCACACUCAGACGCGGACAGCUAGUCCUCUUGAGGAGACGGCCAGCCCCAAGCCUCCGCCAUCAUGUCUCUCGGUUGGUCGGCCAAAGAGCACAAACCCACGAACCAGCCCGCCGCCGCCGCAGGUCUCAAGCGGCCGCGCAACGACGUCGAGAACCGAGUGACUGUGGUGCUGGGUGCCCAGUGGGGGGACGAGGGGAAAGGAAAAGUGGUCGACCUGCUGGCCACCGAAGCGGACGUUGUCUGCAGAUGCCAGGGAGGCAACAAUGCAGGACACACUGUGGUGGUGGACGGCAAAGAGUACGACUUCCACCUUCUCCCCAGUGGAAUCAUCAAUCCCAAAAGCAUCUCACUCAUCGGUAAUGGGGUGGUCAUACAUUUACCUGGCCUGUUUGAGGAGGGGGACAAAAAUGAGAAGAAAGGAUUGAAAGGCUGGGAGAAGAGACUAAUUGUCUCAGAUAGGGCUCAUCUUGUGUUUGAUUUUCACCAGGUCGUUGACGGCUUACAGGAAACUGAAAGACAGGCACAAGAAGGGAAGAAUAUUGGAACAACCAAGAAGGGAAUUGGACCCGCAUACUCCAGCAAAGCGUCCCGCACCGGCCUUCGGGUAUGCGACCUUCUGGGUGACAUUAAGGACUUCUCUAGCAAAUUCAAGAACCUCGUCCGCCAGUAUCAAUCCAUGUAUCCAUCCUUGACAGUCGACGUUGAGGACCAAUUAAAAAAGCUCAAGGUCCAGACGUGUGAUGAAACAAUUGGUGUUUUGUGGCUCCUUCCAACAUCAAAGCUGUGUUUUGCUCUGCAGGAGUACAGUGAAAGAUUGCGGCCCAUGGUCAGAGAUGGAGUCUAUUACAUGUACGAAGCCCUGCAUGGUUCUCCAAAGAAAAUUCUGGUUGAAGGGGCCAAUGCUGCUCUCCUUGAUAUUGACUUCGGAACAUAUCCCUUUGUGACAUCAUCAAACUGCACCGUCGGCGGGGCAUGCACCGGCCUUGGCAUCCCUCCGCUGAAUAUUGGUGAUGUAUUUGGUGUAGCAAAGGCCUACACCACCCGCGUGGGGAUUGGAGCCUUCCCCACUGAACAACUCAAUGCAGUCGGAGAACUGCUGCAGACAAGGGGUCAUGAGGUAGGUGUAACCACAGGGAGGAAGCGACGCUGCGGCUGGUUGGAUCUUGUCAUCGUCAGAUAUGCCCACAUGAUCAAUGGGUUCACUGCCAUUGCUUUGACUAAACUUGACAUUCUGGAUGUGUUGGAGGAAAUCAAAGUAGGCAUCGCUUACAAACUCAAUGGGAAAAAAAUUCCACAUUUUCCAGCAAACAUGGAUGUUUUACAUAAAGUAGAGGUUGAGUAUGAGACUUUCUCUGGGUGGAAGACAGACACAUCUGCCGCCCGCAAGUGGAGUGACCUUCCAGUCAAGGCGCAAAACUACAUCCGCUUCAUUGAGAACCACAUUGGAGUUCCAAUCAAGUGGGUCGGUGUGGGAAAGUCCAGGGAGUGCAUGAUCCAAAUGUUUUAGGGAAGAAACCCCUUCUCGUCGUUCACAGUUGCACAGAUCACGGGGCAUUUUUCAUCUCUAAAAGUGAUCUCCUCAACAGUUAUUAAUAAAUCGU